AUGGGCCAUAGAGCUAUGCUGGUCAAUGCUAUUCCAAUAGAGGUCAAGACUAUAGCAAUAGAGGAAGAGAUGGUGUCUGUUGAAGAAGAUGACCUUGCUGGUUUGGAAGAUGCAAGCUCUGAUGGGGAGGAUGAUAAUUAUGAAGCUGAGGUGAGUGAUGGUGAGACAGCUUCAACUGGAACUCCACCUGUGAGAAAGAUGCACAGAAAGAGAGCCCGUGUGGACAAUGCUGAGCCACUUCCUUUGAUGGAAGGCGAAGGGAGAUCGUUUAGAGUACUGGGAUUUAAUCAGAAUCAAAGAGCUGCAUUUGUCCAAAUUUUGAUGAGAAGCAUUAUGGUGUCUGUUGAAGAAGAUGACCUUGCUGGUUUGGAAGAUGCAAGCUCUGAUGGGGAGGAUGAUAAUUAUGAAGCUGAGGUGAGUGAUGGUGAGACAGCUUCAACUGGAACUCCACCUGUGAGAAAGAUGCACAGAAAGAGAGCCCGUGUGGACAAUGCUGAGCCACUUCCUUUGAUGGAAGGCGAAGGGAGAUCGUUUAGAGUACUGGGAUUUAAUCAGAAUCAAAGAGCUGCAUUUGUCCAAAUUUUGAUGAGGUCUGGUGUUGCAAGCAUGAUUUUUCACCUUAAUUUAUUUGAUUGUGACAGUAAUUUGAAUCUAAGAUUUGGAGUUGGGAACUUUGAUUGGGCAGAGUUUACACCGCGCUUGAAGCAGAAGACUUUUGAAGAAAUUAGAGAUUAUGGAACUCUCUUUUUAUCUCACAUAGCUGAGGAUAUCACUGAUUCAGCAACCUUUUCAGAUGGUGUUCCAAAAGAAGGACUAAGAAUACAAGAUGUACUUGUUAGGAUUGCUGUCUUACUUCUUGUGAGGGAGAAAUAUGAAGUCUUUGUGGAAAUAAAGUUGUUCUCCAAAUCCAUGAACGUUGUUCUGUCUCCAAAUGGAGAGCUCGACCCCUUACGGGUGAAUUUCCCGAUUCCUAGCGAGAUUUGGCCCCAUAGUAUUCAGAAAAGUUCAGCUCUAGAGUUUUCUGAAAUUACCGAAUCAGCCCCAAAAUUUUCUGAAAUUCUAGAAUAG